AAAAGUCAAAACUGCCACGGUCAAUGUCAAAGGUUUGUCAUUUGAAUUUGACAGAUUCUUUUUCAAUAAACUAGUGAAUCCGGGAACAUGGCUCCCCGGUUUGAGAUCGCAGUGGGUCUGCGAAAAGGCCACAAAACAACAAAGAUAUCCGCUGGGAAGAAGGGCAUUACAGACAAAGCCAUCAGAAUCAGGCCAGCCAGGCUAAAAGGUCUGCAAACCAAACACUCAAAGUUUGUCCGUGAUUUGGUCCGUGAAGUGGUUGGCCAUGCACCCUAUGAGAAGAGGGCAAUGGAGUUGCUUAAGGUGUCAAAGGACAAGCGCGCCCUGAAGUUCCUGAAGCGUCGUCUGGGCACACACAUCCGCGCCAAGAGGAAGCGUGAAGAGAUGAGCAAUGUCCUCGUGCAGAUGAGGAAGGCGGCCGCGCAGGCGCACCACACGCACGCCCAUUAACUUGUAAUAAAACCUUACACUUAAGUUAAA